AGAAUUUCACAGCUAAGAUUUUGGGAGAAAAAAAAAAAAAAAAAACGUGAAUUUUUCUUUUAAAAAUAUAUAUAUAGUUUCCUUUUCACUGCAAUCAGGCUACAGCAAUGGCUGUUGCCACUACUUCAGCUGGAAUUCCGGCGAGCUCUUAUGAAUCGAAGCGUGAUGGACAUGAAUUGAGGGUGUUGUUUCAGAAGCCUUGUGCUGAAAUCGGCAUCUUGUCGGAGGAUAUGGUAAUUGGGUUUCUAGAUGAAGACGGUGAAGGGUUUAAUGAAAGUUAUGGAAGCAACUAUACGGAAAGCGAGAGCUUAGAUGACGAAGCCAAGGAUAGAGAAGGAGAAAAUGGUGAUGGGGUUGAAGAGGAUAAGAAGUUUUGGGAGAAUCAGCAUCAGCUUUUGCAGGCUACAUUAUGCAGGACAAGCUCUUUGGAAACAAGGAUUAGAAACGCCACAAAAGAGGCAAUCAAGGAGCUCAAAAACUCAGGGACAGCCUGCGGUUGCGGGAGAUCCAUGGCCAGUUGCAGGAAGUGCUUGAUGAACGAAAUUUCGGGCCGUCUACGAAACCAGGUUUAUAACAGUUCCAUUUGCAAGUCUAAGUGGAGAAGUUCUCCAGACAUCCCUUCAGGAGAGCACACGUUUUUGGAUGUGGUGGAGACCAACUCAAGGUCGUCUAAAAAAGGAGAGACGAGGGUGAUAAUCGAGUUGAAUUUCAGGGCAGAGUUCGAGAUGGCCAGGGCAAGCGAAGAAUACAACAGACUUGUCCAGAGACUUCCCGAAGUGUUUGUCGGGAAAGUAGAGAGACUUCAGGGUUUGAUCAAAAUCUUGUGUUCGGCCGCCAAAAAAUGCAUGAAUGAAAACAGAAUGCAUAUGGGGCCGUGGAGAAAACAAAAGUACGUGCAAGCUAAGUGGCUCGGUCCGUGCGAGAAGAUUAUGACCGCUUCUGCAACAUCCUUCUCGAUGGGACACUCUUCCGGCGCUGGCAGAUUGCCUAAGCCCAGGCAGGCCUCCAUGCUUACAGUUGAUUUGCUGGAAAUGAUGCCUAAUAUGCGUUGCCAAGCGGUUGAAGUUGUGUGAAUAUAUAUAUAUAUAUAUAGAGAGAGAUAGAUAUAUGUUAUAAAUACUACCAACAAGAUUUUUCAUUGUCACCUUUUUUUUAAAAAUUUUUUUUUAGCCGUUUGCGGUUCAUGAAAAAAGAAAGGGUUUAUUAAGUUAAUUAGAAAUCUUCAACUUUCUGGAGUGUAUACGUGUAUGUACAGGAGGAGAGGUUCUUUAUUUAUAAAUAAUGGAAAUAUGUACUCUAUUUCAUCUUAA